AUGAAAGCACGACAGCCAUACUUUGGGCUCAAGGGAGCCUGGCUCACCUUCUGGGUGACCGUAGCUUGUGCCACUGAUAUGACUCUCUUUGGUUAUGAUCAAGGAGUCUUUGGUGGUGUCAUUGUCACGCCAGAUUUCCUCGAUCUGUUGAACAUCAAUGGGAACCCUAAAAUGCAAAGCACAGUUACGGCUAUCUACGAUGUGGGCUGCUUCUUCGGAGCCAUAUCUACUAUCUGGAUUGGUGAACGACUUGGCCGGAAGAACACCAUCUUGGUGGGGACUACGAUCAUGAGCAUCGGCGCCAUUCUACAGAUUGCAGCCUUUGGAGUUCCGCAGAUGAUAGUAGGCCGAAUCAUAGCUGGUAUUGGGAAUGGUAUCAACACAUCAACUGCACCGGUCUGGCAGGGCGAGACAUCUAAAGCCAGCUGGCGUGGUAAACUCAUUGUUAUUGAAAUGAUCAUGAAUAUUUUCGGCUUCAUGCUGAGCAAUUGGGUUACAUUUGGUUUAUCCUACGCUACAGGCUCCAUCGCUUGGCGAUUACCGCUUGCCAUUCAAUUUAUCUUCAUCUUUAUUCUCUAUGCCACCGUCCCAUGGUUGCCAGAGAGUCCUCGUUGGUUGAUAGCCAAGGGUCGCAUUGAGGAAGCCGAUGUCAUUCUGGCAGAUCUAGAAGCACUGGAUGUAGAUGAUCCAUACAUCAUCACGCAAUCCAAGGAUAUUCAGUGGGCCGUUAACUUUGAACGAGAGAACACUGUUCCAUGGUCAAAACUUCUACGUGGCAAGACCGGACCGAACGGAGGUACUUGCACAAUUCGACGACUGAUUCUGGGAAUGGGGGCGCAAGCAAUGCAGCAGUUUUCUGGAAUCAACGUGACAAGCUACUACCUCCCUCUCGUGCUUAUUAGCUCGGUCGGUUUGGACGAAAAACUAGCGAGACUACUUGCAGCCUGCAACUCUGUCUCGUAUCUGCUCUUCAGUACGAUUGGAAUUCCCAACGUGGAGAGAUGGGGCCGGCGUAAGAUGAUGAUAUAUGCGGCUGCGGGACAGUUCUUUUGUUACCUGAUCAUUACCAUCUGUAUCAGAUACAAUGAGGACCCAUCCAUAGGACGCACUGCGAACACACAGUGGGCUAAGGCCUCAAUCGCUUUCUUCUUUCUCUACUAUGUGUUCUUCGGUAUUGGUUGGCAAGGAGUUCCAUGGCUGUACCCAACCGAGAUCAACAGUCUUUCCAUGCGUACCAAAGGAGCCAGUCUGGGAACAGCGACAAACUGGAUCAUCAAUUUUAUGGUGGUUGAGAUCACUCCUGUUGGUAUAGCCUCCAUAGGCUGGCGUUUCUAUAUCAUCUGGACAGUCUUCAAUUUCUCUUUCAUCCCGAUUGUCUACUUCUUCUACCCAGAAACCGCCGAUCGGUCUCUCGAAGAUCUAGACCGGUUCUUCCGUGAGAAUCAAGAUAUUCUUGUCUUCAAGGAUCCUGAUGCGAAAUCUUCCAAGCGACCACAGAGAUAUAUCGAUCACGAGCGCGAGGAGGUCCGACGCAACAGCUCUAUUGUGCCGUCCGACGUGCAAGCAGUGUUGAAUCGGAGGAGUGUAGCCGAGAGAGCAAAUGCUGAGAUGAAGGAUGAGGAGAAGGGCUAUACCCAGCAUGCCGAGUAA